AAUAUCUCCUCCUCCACAAAUUGUCCUCCCUGUCACAGUGUCUCAGUUUCCAUUGAAAAGCUCCACACCACAAAUAAUAUUGAGGCAGUAUAUCAACAGUGAAUAAAAUUAUUGGAGUGUUAAUUAUAAUUCUACCAGUGCAGUUAUUGCGUGAGAAUUUGCACUUUUCCUUUUUGCACAAAAACUGUGUGAAUUUGGCGGAGAUUGAGCACAGAAAAGCUUCGAGGGCACGCAAGAAAAGAGGCUUAUGGAAAUUUAUAAUUUGAGGGACUGACCUAAGUGCCAGAAAAAUAUGUCUCCAAGUGGUCGGAUGUGUCUGCCCUAAGAACAAUUCCACUGGGAUGUGCGUGACUGAGCCUCACCUCAAGUGGUUAUCAUCAUUGAAACGAGGCAAUUAAUAUUCGUCGGGUGUAAUUGAUUCUGAAUAUUGAGCGGCAAUGUAUGUGAAUUUUUCCAAUGAUCAGUUUUAUUUUAUUCUCCGCUGAAGUAGCAUAGUUUCUUAUUGUGCUAAAACAGUGUCAGGAUCUUACAGUGGCUCCUAGUCGUUUGAAUAGUAAAUCCUGUAUUUUGUGAUGUUCAAAAGUGUUUAACUUCAAUGUGUUAGCCAGCAUAAGGAAGUGGAAAACCUAUUGCUUAUUUGGAAACAUAAAGUUUUCAUAACAAAGCACUUUUGAGGGAAAAAAUAAAUUGCGCGGAAGUGCAGGAAAAAUGCGUGCUACACAGCAUCAGGAUCUCUCAGAGACUCUCCAGAAGCAUCUCUUUAUCGAGCGUGUUAUCCAGUCACCUCCUGCUUCAGCCACUAGAGCCACAUUUAUUGAUCCUCGACUUCCGGACAUUGAUGAACUAUCCACGAAAAUCAAGGAUAUCGAGGACUUUAUGACUGUGACGGAGCAGGUUUUGAAACAAGAACGUCGAAGGGACAAUACCAAGCUCUUUGACCGUGAUUCAAGACGUGGCUCUAGGACCAGUGCUGAAAUAAUUCCACUGAAGGAUUGCAGUGUAGGAAGUCGUCCUGUGAGCAGAUUGAUGUCCUUCCAGGAAAAACCUAUGUCACCACCGCACUCUGUUGUCCGUCAGACAAAAUCCGGAAGUCCCAAAGGUCUCAGAACGAGACUCUACUUCCGCAAUGGACGCGUGGGAUGCGCCGAGGCGGAUGUUGAUGCUCACAAUGUGCAAAAUACUCAUGCACUUGUUCGGCACAUCAUUGCCAAGGAGCAUGUGGAGCCUCUGGUGCCCCUUGACUGUGUCAAUAGGAUUCUGGCAGAGAGUGAAAUUCCGGAAGUACCUGUAGAAGAUGUUGAAGUGCCAGUCGAAGCUGAUAUAACAUCGUGUGUUCAACAGGAUGAAAGGGAUCAAGCCAAUGAUUCUUCAAUCGUCAAUUUGCAGCAAAUAUCUCCGCCAAAUAGUCCUACUCCUGAUCCCGAGAAGGACCACUUUGUGCGAGAAAGGAUGCAGCAUCUUAUCUCCCGCUUCUCCAAGAGAGCUCACAAGAUGAAGAGAAAGUUAGAAAUUCCUCCAACACCAUCCAGCAGUGCUAGUUCCCCAUCCCUUCCCGUACCACCGCCUCCAUUACCACCAUUCGGUCCCACUCAGUCCCCAAUUGAGGAAGUCGCACCCGCCAAGAGUCCUGAAGUCGAAAAAGUUGAAGAGAAAUCCCCAUGUAGCUAUCUCGUUUGUCCGACUUUUUGUGGCGGCGGAAAGAGUGACGAUGUCCUCGAUCCUCAGGGACAAUUCUACAUCUCCUGGCUAUUUGUAGUUACAAUGUCCUUUCUCUACAAUGCCUAUGUUAUUCCUCUGCGUUCCUCCUUUCCCUUCCAAACGGACGCCAAUACACUCUCUUGGAUAAUUAUGGAUCUCUGUGCCGAUGCAAUUUACUUGAUUGAUAUUGUUUUCAUCAAACACCGGCUCAUGUUUCUCUUGGACGGUUUUUGGGUGCGUGAUAAGGAACGAACGAGGCAGAAUUAUGUGAGGAAAUUCCAAUUUAAGAUGGAUAUGCUGUCUCUUCUCCCAUUGGACAUUCUCUACUUGAUAUUUGGAACAAAGGCUGUUCUGUUGCGUAUCCCUCGACUACUAAAGAUCCAAAGUUUCUGGGAGUUUUUCAAACUUCUUGACCGCGUGCUUUCUUCACCUCAUAUCGUGCGAGUGGCUAAGACGCUUACUUAUAUGUUAUUCAUGAUACAUCUAACUGCAUGUGCUUACUAUGCCUAUAGUGCUGCCCAGGGCUUGGGAACCAAUCGCUGGGUGUUCAGUGGUAAGGGUCAUCCCUAUAUGAGAUGUUUCGCUUUUGCCACAAAGACAGCAACGUCAAUUGGGAAGAACCCUAAGCCUGAAAAUGAUGGAGAGUUGCUUUUCAUGACAGCAGCCUGGUUGAUGGGUGUCUUUGUAUUUGCUUUACUUAUUGGUCAGAUUAGGGAUAUUAUAGCUACUGCCACAAGAUCUCAGUCAGAGUACAAGCAAUUAGUGGAUGAGAUUCUUGAGUACAUGAGACGCUUGAAUCUUCCUACGGAGUUGAGACAUCGUGUAAAGAUGUGGUUCACUUUUACGUGGGAACAGCAGAGAACUUUAGAUGAGAGACACAUUCUGGAUUCCUUGCCGGCCAAUCUCAAGACAGAUGUGGCCAUAUCUGUGCACAUUCAAACACUGUCUAAGGUGCAGUUGUUUGCAGAUUGCGAAGAAGCCCUGCUGAGGGAAUUAGUUCUGAAGCUCAGAUCUGUAACUUUCCUGCCAGGGGAUUUUGUCUGUCGGAAGAAUGAAGUUGGCAAGGAGAUGUACAUCGUUAAAUUAGGUCAGGUUCAGGUUAUGGGUGGUCCUAAUAACGAUGAAGUCCUAGCAACGUUGUCGGAAGGAUCGGUAUUUGGAGAAAUCAGCCUUCUAGCCAUAAACGGUGGCGGUAAUCGUCGUACGGCUGAUGUACGCUCCCGUGGCUUCAGCAAUUUGUUUGUCCUCUCAAAGUCAGAUCUUAACGAAGCCAUUGUGUACUAUCCUAAUGCUCAGGCAGUUCUUAAGCGUCGUGCUAAGAGCUUGAUGCGCAGAAAUGCCGCUAGAGAAGCCCAGAGGAGUGCAGCAAGUGGAGAUGAAGCUGAUGUGGUUAUUGAAAAUCCUAAGAGAAAGAAAACUCCUCCGAAAUUGCUGGAAGCAGUCAUCAAGGCACUUCCUCAGGAGUCUCCAGCUGUUACGCUUCUCACUCAGGGCUCGAAAAAACGUCGCAAGAGGCAUACAAUGACACCAUCUGGUCUACCCAGGCAGUGGUCAGAAGUUAAGGAGCGAGUAAUGAAUGGAGGUGUGAAGACACUCUCUUGUGAUCUCCUCCUGGCCAUCCAAAAUGAACUAGAGGAAGAAACUACGCCUUCAACGGAGGAGAAUUCUUUAGUGAAUCUCACGGAUUCGCAGAAAGAGCUCAUGCAGAUGGACAAAGUGUGUGGAGACCAGCUAGAUGUUGAAGGUGGACAUCUUAUUGAAACUUCUCAAGUAGCUUGUAAUGGUCACACUUGUGACGUCACUGUGCACAUUGAGAGGGAAUCGUCUCUCAUUUAGAAGUGAAGAGGGAUUCCAAAAUAGAUAAAGCAAGAGCCUAGCUUAUUGUAAAUAGUGGGUUAGUGAUAUGAUUAGGUGAAAUUCAAUAAAUAACGUGAUGGUGAUCGUUUACUUAAUCACUUAAUUAGCGUUACAUA